GAAGAGACGCAGCUGGACAUCAGCAGGUGGGAGGCGCUCCAGCCAGUGACAGGCUGGGCCCACCACCCAGACCUGAGGCCCCAGCAGCUCGGCAGCAACUUCGAGGUCGGAUGCCCGGCGGGACGAAUCACCACCCUCGAUGAGACCGUGGACCCCAUCGACCAGCUGAGCCCGGAUAUCGACUCACCUGCGAGCAACCCAGAAUAUACACCACCCACCGAGCUCCCCGAGGACGACGGCACAGUCGACACCGCCGAGGAGCAGGUCACCAACACCACAGAGCCCAGCGAGCAGAGCAUGCAUGGCAACAACGCGCAGGGCCACCUCUGGGAGCGCGCUAGCCUGCUGGAGAACUCGCCGGGCCGCACCACCGAGACCCCCGACCUCAUCAGCAAGAGCGCGGCCUACGAGGCCCCCCCAGCAGCGGCCGACCAGCUGGGCCAGCUCUUCGAGAGGACCAUCGGCACAAUCGAGCGGUUCUACUGCAUGGCGCACACGGACGCCCUGGAGGACAGGCCGCGCUGCAUGGGCCGAGGGCAAGGAUAUCAGCUCAAGGAAGUAGAGAACAAGGAGCGAGGAGUAGAGACAGAGGGCGCCAACAGCUGGAAGGAUUGGAAAAAGGCAGCUCGCGCGCUCGCCUACGCCAUGCCAGAGAUGAAGGGCCGCGUCACCCCCACGGCAGAGCAGGAGAAGUACGCAGCGGUGAAGCGCGACUACAGGGAGAGCACGAGGCUCUUCUGCCAGUGGCUGGCAGACACGGAGGCGAAGCCAGGGGUGCUCCACUCGAUCACGAAGCCGCCCGUCAGGCGGGAGGAGGAGAUCGCGACGGCAGCCAACAUCACGGACUGCCCAAUAGAGAUCGCAGGCAUGGUGGAGGAGGCGCUCAGCAAGAGAUGGAGCUGCAGCGAGCUCCCCCACGAGCAGCGCACCGCCAUCCUGAAGCGCCUGCGCAUGCAGGCGCUCUGCACGGGCUACAGCGCCUGGACCGUGGAGGACCUUGACGCGGCGCUCAAGGGCGAGCCCGACCGAGGACAGAGAACCGACGAGCUGAACUGCUCGGACAUCAGGAGGCUGCCACUCGAGGGCAGGCAG